AUGGAGACAAGAAGGAAACAUUUAGCUGGAUCGGAAGGUGAGGAAACAAGUACGCAAAAAAAUAGUGAUACAAACAUAUUGGAGGUUUUAAUGAAGAUGAAAGAAGAUUUUAAAGAGUUUGCGGAAAGAAUUGAUAAUAGAAUGGAAGAAAAUUCGAGAGCAAUGAAAGUUACAGCAGAAAGAUUGGAAGAUAUGGAGAAAAGAUUUGAAAAUAGAAUGGAAGAAGGUUUCAUGAAAAUUAAUGAAAUUUUCAAUGAAAGAGUUAAUAAAACAGAAGAGAAAAUAGAUAGGAAAAUGGGUAUGAUGAUAAGACAAUGUCAGGAAGAUUUAGAAACCACAGAAAAUAACAUUCGAAAGGAGGUGAGAGAAAAAUUAGAUUUGGAUAUAAAUAAAAUUAAAGAGAAUAUAGACAAACAAAAUGAAAUCAUACAAAGAGUAAUGAUCAAAGAAAAUUUCAGUACACCAGAAAUCAUAUAUUCAGAUAAUACCAAAUGGAACUUCAAUGGGAAAAUAAAAAAACAACAUCCUGUUCCAUUUGUUAGAUUUCUAGAAAAUAAGGAGGGAUCUUUUUCGACAUUUAGAACAUUUAAGGAAUAUAUAAGAAAUUUAUUGUCUGAAGAGGCACUAUUGUGGUUUAACAACAAGGAAAUGAAUUUAGAUAAUUUUUCAGAUUUCAAAUCAAAAUUUCUAGAUUAUUUUUGGGGUCCAGCACAACAAAAGAUUAUUAAAAACGAAUUAUUUAGUGGAAAAUUCAACCCCAUGAAAGGAUCAUCAUAUCACAGGUAUGCGAUGCAUAUUUAUAGUGUUGCACAAUAUUUAAAUGCAGAUUUCACAGAAGAAUACAUAGUAAGUUUAAUAAUACAGCAUUUUGACAAAGAUUUAGAAGAUGUGUUGUUAUUAUAUGAUUUCAAAAAUAUGGAUAAAUUAUGUCAAUUUUUGAUGAGUCAGGAAUAUAGGUUGAGGAGAAAAUACAUCCACAACAAUAAUCCACAGUAUUAUAGGAAUAACAAUAAUAAUAGACAAAACCAGAGAAAUGAAAUGCAGCAAGGACAAAGAAAUAAUUAUAACUAUCAGAGUAACAACAAUUACAACAACAACUAUAGAAAUAACAAUACAAGAUACCGAAAUCAGAAUCACAGCAGGAAUGAAAAUCAAAUGGGACAAUCAAGGGAAUAUCAAAGAGGAUACACUGACCAACAAAGAAGGAGUAGAAGCGAGGAAGAUAGAUCAGAUCCACAAGGAAAUAGAAGAAUAAAUGUUAUGAACAGGCAGAGUAAUUCACAGCAAGAUGUAAGAAUUUUGAAUGAAGACAGAUAUGAAAAUUUUCAGUAA